UGCAUCAUGAAUGAAUCUGCCUCUAGUGGAAAUGGUCAAGAGUUUGAUGUAUUUAGUGCUAUGGAUUGGAAGGAUGGCAUAGGUACUUUGCCAGGAAGUGAUCUAAAGUUUAGAGUGAAUGAAUUUGGGGCCCUGGAAGUGAUUACAGAUGAAACUGAGAUGGAAAGUGUUAAAAAGGCAACUGCUACCACAACCUGGAUGGUUCCAACUGCUCAAGAAGCCUUUUCAGAAAAGACAGGGAUCCCCACAAGGUUGAAGGAAACUGCAAAAACGGAUGGACUUGUUUUCUGUGAAAACUGUUACCGCUAUGGUACCAUAGAAGAAUUUGUUCCUGAAGGGAAAUUUUGCAGCCAGAAAUGUGCCCAGCAAGUGAAAAACAAAGAACCAAAGGAGGAAAAGCCCAGCGUGGAGUGCAAUGGGGAAGAUGAUUCCAAAGGCAUUCGGAAAAGAAAAGCAAAGUUACCUCUCAAAGAAGAGUCCAGGGAUAAUGGGGAGAAGAAAGAGAAUCCGGAUGAAACUGAGGACAAACCUGAAGGAAGGAUCUUGAGAGUCUCACAGAGAGCCAGGAGAAAAAGAAAAGUAGAAAUAACAGUUUUGAAACAAACUGUACCCUCUAAAGGAAGGCAAGCAUGGUGUUGGGCAUCCUAUCUAGAGGAAGAAAAGGCUGUUGCAGUACCUACUAAGCUUUUUAAAGAGUAUCAGUCUUUCCCAUACAACAAAAAUGGAUUCAAAGUCGGGAUGAAGCUGGAGGGCGUGGAUCCCGAGCACCAGUCGAUAUACUGUGUUCUCACAGUGGCUGAGGUUUGUGGCUACAGAAUACGGCUCCAUUUUGAUGGAUACCCAGAUUGUUACGAUUUCUGGGUGAAUGCUGAUUCUUCAGACAUUCAUCCUGUUGGAUGGUGUGAGAAAACAGGUCACAAGCUUCAUCCACCUAAAGGAUAUAAGGAAGAAGAUUUUAGCUGGCCCUCAUACCUAAAGGCAUGCAAGGCUCAAGCUGCUCCUAAAUCGCUUUUUGAAAACCAGAAUGCAACAGUGAUUCCGUCCGGAUUUCGAGUGGGGAUGAAGCUGGAAGCUGUAGACAAGAAGAACCCGACUUUCAUUUGUGUUGCUACGGUAACAGACAUGGUGGACAAUCGUUUUCUGGUUCAUUUUGACAACUGGGAUGAGAGUUACGACUACUGGUGUGAGGCAGCUAGCCCACAUAUUCAUCCUGUUGGAUGGUGUAAAGAACAUAAAAGAACUCUCAUCACCCCACCAGAUUAUCCACAUGCUAAGCAUUUUUCUUGGGAGAAGUAUUUGGAAGAAACCAGUUCAUUACCUGCACCUGCAAGGGCUUUUAAAGUGAAACCUUCUCAUGGCUUUCAGAAAAACAUGAAACUUGAAGUGGUUGACAAGAGAAAUCCAGUAUUUAUCAGAGUAGCAACUAUCGUAGAUACUGAUGACUAUAGAAUAAAAGUCCAUUUUGACGGCUGGGAUGGUAUUUAUGAUUAUUGGACUGAUGUAGAUAGCCCUGAUAUCCAUCCUGCAGGCUGGUGUACAAAAACCGGACACCCUCUUCAGCCCCCACUUAGUCCUUUGGAAUUGGUGGAAGCUUUAGAGAAUGGAGGGUGUCCCACCGCAGGAUGUAAAGGAGUUGGGCACAUUAAAAGAGCAAGACAUAUCGGCCAUCAUAGUGCAGUCAGCUGCCCGUAUUCAGAGAUGAACUUGAACAAAGAAAGCCUCUUACCUGACCGGUUGAGCGGGGAGAUGCCUGCAGCCAGUCUUGUCCCCAGAAACAGAAAAGUGGAAGCAAGUGAAAGAUCCACCUCUCCUGUAAUCAAUGACAGAAAAUGCCCCAGCCCUGGUCAUGUAGGUAUGAAAUCUUCAGCUCACAAUCGAUCAUCUGGGAAAACUGGACCAGAAACAACUAAGCAGGAAGAUGCAGAAAGUAAAUCUCCUAGCAAGAAGCCCCUGUUAUGUGAUGUAAAAGAAAAGAAAGCACCUGGUGGAGUACUACAAACAAAGGACUCCAUAAAGAACAAAGAGUGUGAAGAAGAGGAGACAGAAAAUAAGUUGCUCAUUUCAAAUGAGUUUAAAGAUACUGAAGAACCCAGCACACAGAGGCUUCUUUCUCAACCAGUUAUUGUGUCUUCCAAGUUGCAAAUCCCUGGCCUACCCUUGCGCUGGGAACAGCAGAGCAAGCUCCUUCCAAGUGUAGCUGGGAUCCCAGCCAGUAAAGUUUCUAAAUGGAGUACAGAUGAGGUCUCUGAAUUUAUACGGAGUUUACCAGGAUGUGAAGAACAUGGCAAGGUGUUUAAAGACGAGCAAAUUGAUGGAGAAGCAUUUCUGCUAAUGACCCAAUCAGACAUAGUCAAAAUAAUGAGCAUUAAACUGGGACCAGCUCUAAAAAUCUUUAAUUCCAUUCUGAUGUUCAAAGCUGCAGAGAAAAACUCACACAAUGAACUUUGAAGAUAAUGGAAAAUGUGUACGAGCCAGCUUUCGCCACUGGAGCUCAUGUUUUAUUCAAAGCACAAAGACUUGCUAGAACUGUUGAGUAAGGACUCUCAGAAAGGAAGACACGUAACUUCAGCACUGGUGGACUAUUUAUAUUCUCCUAGAGCCAGUACACAUCUGAAUCCUUCUGGGAAGUGUUCAAGCUUUUGAGAAGGUACUGUGUAACAACCGAGUCAGCUAGUCUUAUUUACCAAACUAAUGGCGCUAAUUCUCCAUGGAUGGUUAGGAUCCCUAACUUUCUUUGGACAUCAAGAAAACGUUCAUUAAUUAUUUAUGCUGUAUUAUAUAAGGGAACAUUAAUAUUUUCUAAGAAUUCUUGAAUUCUACUUCAUGUAUCCAUUUUACUUUUCAGAAGCUUUUACUUCAUACUAUCAAAAUAAAAACUGAUUAGCCAAAAAUUAGGCUACAGGUAGCCGGAUGAGACUGUUAUGGCUAAUACGUAUUUGUGCCAUAGUUUAAAAAUGAAACACUUAAUGUUACAUACGUGACACUUUAUGCUACAGCAUAUAACUUUACAGAUUAUAAAACUGUCUGUUUGCUUGUAACAAAA